GAAACCUCCAUUUGAACGAGCAAGCUAACGGAUAUUCGUCUCGCCUUGAAGAUUCGAGUUCGCCGUCUUUCAAUUCCUCUGCUCAUAUCUCAUCGUCGAGGUUCGUCUCCGGCUCUUUCUCUCUUUCUGUUACAUCCUUCGAAUUCUUGUUUCGUUUACCUUGAAGUGUAGCCCUGGUUUUCUGGUAAGUCGGAGAUUGAUUGUUGAAUGUAGCGAUCUAUAGGGAGUUUAGGGUUUCUCGAUUGAAUUCGAUUCGGGCAUUGAAAUUAAUAUUCGGGUGUUCAAUUGGGGAAAAUUGUAGAUGGCUCGUACCAAACAAACUGCUCGUAAGUCCACUGGUGGAAAGGCUCCUAGGAAGCAACUUGCUACCAAGGCUGCUCGUAAGUCUGCACCAACCACUGGAGGUGUGAAGAAGCCUCACAGAUACAGACCUGGAACUGUUGCUCUUCGUGAAAUCCGCAAGUACCAGAAGAGUACCGAGCUUCUCAUCAGGAAGCUCCCAUUCCAGAGGCUGGUUCGUGAGAUUGCUCAGGAUUUCAAGACUGACUUGCGUUUCCAGAGUCAUGCUGUGUUGGCGCUGCAAGAGGCAGCUGAAGCUUACUUGGUUGGAUUGUUCGAGGACACCAAUCUCUGUGCCAUUCAUGCAAAGCGUGUGACAAUCAUGCCCAAGGACAUUCAGCUGGCUAGGAGGAUUCGUGGGGAGAGGGCUUAGAGAGAAGGAUGGAUUCUGAUUUGGGUGGUUGGAUUUUGCUGCCUCCUCUCGAGGCUUUUGGAUUCUGUGAAGGAAAUAUGGUGUUUGAUGUUAGGCUGGAUUGUUAGUUUCCCAUCGUUUCAUUUGAAGAAUUCAUGUCUAUAUUCCGGUUAUUAGUAGAAAGAAGAUACAUUUGAGACUGUUUCGGUUUCUCCAUCACUGUUUCGACGGUGUUAUGAUUUGAAUGUAUUUGAUGUUUUUGUUUUCUGCACUCUGUUCGUUAUUUUGGUUUUGGCCUUUGGGUAGUUACCAAUGAAGCCUGGUUCAUCGUCUAUCUGUUUUAACUCGCAAAGACCAAGCCAGCAGCAAAUCCCAGCAAUUGUUGAUGAGCUGCUCAUCGCCUAUUCUGGUUAUUAGUAGAAAGUAGUGCUGAUGGAUGCAAGUCGAGUCCUUAGAAAUAUGAACAAUCUGUUCGUAUCACAGGUUUAAUGUCCAGUUUAUACAGAGUGUAAUGGGUUUCAAUGAACAUGUUGGUUGGUACCGGCAUGUAUUUGUUGGCGAAGGAACAGUUUGUCCAUCUUCCUCGCAGCCGUAAGAAAGGUUUAGAGUUUAA